AUCAAUUAUAUCUCGUGGUUAAUGUUGUGCAAGACACUCGGGCAUUAUGGAGCACACCCCUGCGCCUUAUGGUCCCAGAGCUGUGUACGGAUAUGCCAUGUACAUAGGGGCGAACAUGAUUUUCCUUUUGUACGUGAUAUGGGCAAUGGUGCCGGACGAAGUGCUGCACGAUUACUUCGGCCUGACGUACUUGCCGUCAAAGUAUUGGGCGGUCGCGAUUCCCAUAUGGGCGUUGACCGCCCUCGCUACAUUCGCGUUCCUGAUUUAUCCGGCUAUCAAUAUGUCGAUAACUCCGGAUAUCGAUGACAUACGCACCAUCACGGAUAAAUUUGCUCUGCAGAGAACUGAGACUGCUCCAGGCGGAAUACCGGCUGUCUCUGAUAUACCCAUUACCGAAGUUUGCAGGGAAUUGUACUUGAGGAAUUAAAUCUUAGAGAUUAUGUAAGCACACAUUAUAUCAUAGAUAUUUUUGUCCCAUACAUUACAUAAUUUGAUAACAACUGUUAGUACGGA